AUCUGGGCAGGGAGCGAGCGAGCGAGGAAGGGAAGGAGCAGCCCAAACGGCGAGCCAGUCCCGUUUGUGUGCACGCCAGCGCCAUGCCCUCGCCAAACUUCUUUUCGCUGCUCCUCACGGGCCAAAUCGAGUCUGCAUACUUUCCCCAGCACGACAACCUCUACUGCAAGUUUUCAUUUGCGCAUGGCCAGGACUGGAUCAUUCUUCACGGUCUGGAGGAGGGCAUCACUCAGCAGUCGCUGGCAUCCAGCUCGCCAACUGUCUCGACUUCGGCUAUCGCAACCGGACUGCUUGUUCGGCCCUGCGUGUGGAACUUUCCGAUCGAGCUUGCCUUCAAAUCCACGAAUAUAUAUGGCUGGCCAAGAAUCGUCGUGAGCGUCUAUGGAACAGACGAAUUUGGCCGGGAUGUCAUUCGCGGAUAUGGAACCAUGCUGCUUCCGCGGAGUUCUGGACGGUUUGAAAAGUACAUCGAGAUGUUUGCGCCGAUCGCGACAAGCCCACUCAACCAACUUCUUUCGUGGGUGGUCGGCAAGCUGCCCGAGUUCAUGGAUUCCAAGUUUGUGGCGCAAAGCGAUGGUCGCGAAGUGACCAGGGUACGCAGCCAGGGCGCCGUCAAGGUCCAGCUCAACGUCACCAUCCGCGACAUUGCAAAGUGCGGCUACAUGCUGGGGCCGGCCAAUGCAGCGGAGCCGCCCCGGAGCUCCAAAUAGACACAGGGCCGACAACAUCCAGCGGGAUGAGACAGCCAUCAAAUGAUCAAAAAGCCAGCAAUCAAGCAAUGGGUACGAUCGGCGAGA